GGUAAUUCCGAAUUCGGAGAUGGUGAAAGGAAGAAGAAAAGAAGGAGCAGAUGGGGAACAGAGGAAAAGAAAACCUUUAUUCCAGGAAUGCCGACAACAAUGCCACCUAAUCUAUCCCCGGAGCAGCAACAGGCGUACAUUGGUAAGGGAAUGAUGAAUGAUGAUAUUCUUGCUACUGAUUCUCCUUCGUUCUCUUUAAUUGCUCUUAGGAGAAUUUGUUUUCUAGCCAAGACUUGUUUGCUUCUCACCUUGUGUUUCAAGCUCAAUUGAAGAUUGAAGAAAUCACCCGAAUGCUUCGAACAGGAGAGCUUGGGAUACCAGACAAUCCUGAUGAGAGGUCACCAUCUCCAGAGCCAAUUUAUAACACAGAAGGGAAAAGGUUAAACACUCGUGAAUUCAGAGUAAGAAAGAAACUGGAGGAGGAGAGGCAUGUGCUUAUACAGGAAGCCCUGAGUUUAAAUGAAGAUUACAAGCCUCCUGCAGAUUAUAAGCCACCAAUCAUAAAAAUCCAGGAUAAAGUUAUGAUUCCACAGGACAACCACCCUGAAGUUAACUUCAUUGGAUUGCUCAUUGGACCUCGUGGCAACACAUUAAAAAAGAUUGAAAAAGAGAGUAGCGCAAAGAUCAUGAUCAGAGGAAAGGGCUCUAUAAAGGAAGGAAAAAUACACAAUGGAAGGAAGGAUGGACAGCCAAAUCCUGGAGAAGAUGAAGAGCUUCAUGCUUUAGUAACUGGACCAAAUGAACAGUCUGUGCAGAAAGCUGUUGCAAUGAUUCGGGACAUAUUGCGGCAGGGCAUAGAAGCCCCAGAAGGACAAAAUGACUUGAAGAGGAUGCAGCUGAGAGAAUUAGCUGCUCUGAAUGGAACAUUGAGGGAUGAUGAGAUUCUGAGAUGCCGAAACUGUGGAUCAGCGGAGCAUCGCCACUGGGAGUGCCCUGAACAGAAAAAUGUCACAAAUAAUGUGCUUUGUACAAAAUGUGGGGCAGCAGGUCAUCUGGCUUCAGACUGCAUUCAAACAGAUUUACCACCUAUUCCUGUGGUACAGGUGGACAAGGCAAAAAUGGAUAGCGAGUACAUGUCACUCAUGGCUGAACUAGGAGAAGGUCCUCUGCCAGAGCCAAAGGUACAGCCAAGGCUUCCGCCCCCAGUGGAACCAAACAGGCCACCUCCUCCUCAGCUCACAGCUACUCCACGUCCCCCUCCACCCAUGCAGAACACCAAUCAAGAUCGGCCUCCAUCCUCUGCCCCACCCCCAUGGGCUGCACCACCAGGUCCUAAGCCACUGAUGAGCACACCAGUACCCAUGCCUGGGGGAGGGCCUCCUCCACCACCACCUAAUGGCAAUAAUGCUCCACCAUGGGCAAAACCUGGUCUGCUGCCUCCUCCUGGUGGACCACUGAUGGGUCCUCCUCAUCCCCAUCAGCAGGGUGGUCCACCACACCCUCCCCCUUCAGGUGGACCUGGACCAUAUCCACCCCAGGGACCUGGGGGACAUGGACCUCCACCUCCACCCCCACCAGCAUCUGGUGCUCCCCCUCCACCUCCUUGGCAAAAUCCUGUCCCCCCACCCUGGCAGAAUCAGGGACCUGGAUUUGCUCCACCCCCACCCCCAGGGUUUUCUCCUUAUGGACCACCCAUGCCACCCCCCUCAGAUGGUCAUUGGGCACCACCCCCCCUGAUGGGUGCACCUCCUCCUCCACCACCACCCCCUCCUCCAGGGCCACCUCCUCCAUCAUCAUGAGAGACAGAAGACAGAGGUUGUGGCAGUCAGGGUCACAGGAAAUAUACAAGUGUCUGCGUGGUUUAGCCACAUUUCACCAGAGACUUUGUUAUUACAAAUGUAAAAUCCACAUCUCUGCUCCUGAUUCAUGCAAUUGUAGCAUAGUGAUAAGAAUUUGGUUAACUUUGGCAGCUCUCUUGAGGAAUUUUUAUUCUUUUGUGAUGUCUCUGCUGGAAAAGUCAAAGAUUCAGUUUUAUGUCAAAGCUGGCUGCUCUUAAAGAGUUCCUUUCCUCUCUUCAAUUUUCUCGGCGAAAUUGUCUUCAGAGGUUUUCAUUGUAAAGAAAAUCAACCAUUAAGUUGUUUCUUUUGGUCAAAAACAAAUGUUGUGUCUUAGGAAAUUUCAUAUGCAGGUAGUUGAAGCACAAACGGAGUCACCCUUGGUUCACUUUCUUCCUUUUUAAGAACAAAAGAAACACUUCAAAACGUCAUAUGCUGUAAACGCUGUAUCAAAUGAGCAUAUUUUUAAACUAAAGUUUGCCCUUGGGCUGGAAUUGGGAACAGCUUUCCCUGGACCAAGCGCUGUUUACUUCACGUCGACUCAUCUGGUUUCUUAGGUAGAGUAGGCGUUCAUCUUUUAAACAAAUAAACACAAAAGGUGAUCAUAGAGAAA